AUGAAUACAAACGUCUCUGCAGAUGGUCUGGAAAACAGUCAAAAUGCGAGCCGCAACGACACCUUUUUAGAAAAUCUUUGUGCCGAUGAUGAAGCUCCUGUAGGUCCGGAACAAGUUACAAUAGUGAUACAUGUUCUCACUCUGCUGGUUGCCUUGCUUGGAAACGCCUUCCUCAUCACUGCGUUUUUAAGCGCGAAGGAUUCUAUGAUGCUUCUUAUUGUCAACAUGGCUGCGUCUGACUUGUUAAUGGCAAUCUUUCUAAUUCCACGCGUGAUAACAAGAGAAAUCAUCAGGUCCAGCGCUUUUCUCGUUCAUGGAAGUGGAGGCGUAUUUCUGUGCAAGAUGUGUACUUUUCUUAGUGAUAUGUCAUUGGCGGUAUCGACACAGAGUCUGGUCGUAAUCUUCGUUGAGCGUCUCUUAGCGAUUGUUUAUCCCAUGCUCUAUAAGAAAAUCACGCUCAAUGUACGUUGGAGAGCAAUCAUUUCCACGUGGAUCACGUCUGCAGCAAUUCAUGCACCGUACUUUUACAUCAUGCGCCUAGUUCCGUUCCACUCCAACGGCAGCAAGAUCCAAUUGUGCAUUCCUACCUGGGAGCCAGCUUUUGAAGACGAAUCGGCGCACCUUCGCUACAACAUUUUUUUAUUCACCACAGUACUGUUAAUACCGCUAUUUACAAUCUCUGUUCUAUCGGCUAUUGUAGUAUGCGGCUCACGCAAGGAUAAACUGGCUGAAAGUCGUACCGAAAAGGGAAAAAGACGAAACCGAGAACGUAUCAAAAAAUUGCACCGAAUGGCCGCCGUUACUGUAACGGCACUUUUUAUAUGUUGGACUCCUUAUAUUGUUUUUGCUUUCCUUGACCUCUUUUCACUAAGACCGGUUUCCGAGUGUAGUAAGAUACAGAAAGUCAUGCGAUAUAUCUCGCGGAUAUUAGCCUCUUCAUAUUGUGCAGUUAAUCCAUGUAUUUGCCUAAUUUUCCUUCGAAAUUUUUCGCGUGAGCUUAGUAAAAUCUGUAAAAAGAACUUCUGUAAGUGA